UCCAAACACAAUAAAAUUCUGCAUUAAGUAGAAACAAAUGGGCUCAUGCAAUUUGACGUUGGCCCGGCCCAUAGGCCCAAAAAGGUAGAACGAACUAUCGUGUGUUAGCAGCCGCUGUGUCAUCGUGGAACUCCCAUUUUCUCUCGUUUCCCUUUUACUUCUUCUUCUACGUUCCUCGAUCGCCGAUCUCGUCACUUCAUUUACCGGGGAUUGAUUGAUUUGGUCCACAUCAAAUGGUUGGAGGAGGAGUUAUCCAGCAAAUUCUCAGGAGGAAGCUUCACUCCCAAUCAGUCGCAACUCCGGUUCUGUCGUGGUUUUCUUCUAAGAAAGCUCAUGUGGACGCUGGUUCUUCUGGUGUAAGAGCAUUUGCCCUCUUGGGUGCUGGUGUUACUGGGCUGCUGAGUUUCUCUACAGUAGCAUCUGCUGAUGAGGCUGAACACGGAUUGGCCUGUCCUGACUACCCUUGGCCUCAUGAUGGCAUUCUCAGCUCAUACGACCAUGCUUCGAUCCGUCGUGGGCAUCAAGUUUAUCAACAAGUCUGUGCAUCUUGCCAUUCAAUGUCUCUGAUCUCAUACCGUGAUUUGGUGGGUGUCGCCUACACCGAGGAAGAGGCAAAGGCAAUGGCAGCUGAAAUCGAGGUUGUUGAUGGACCUAAUGAUGAGGGUGAGAUGUUCACCCGUCCUGGUAAACUCAGUGACCGCUUGCCUCAACCUUAUGCCAAUGAAUCCGCUGCAAGGUUCGCUAAUGGUGGAGCCUAUCCUCCUGAUCUAAGUCUUAUCACUAAGGCACGUCACAACGGUCAAAACUACGUCUUUGCUCUUCUAACUGGUUACCGUGAUCCUCCUGCUGGCAUUUCGAUAAGAGAGGGGUUACACUACAAUCCUUAUUUCCCUGGGGGAGCAAUUGCUAUGCCGAAAAUGCUUAAUGAUGAAGCUGUUGAGUAUGAAGAUGGUGUCCCCGCCACAGAGGCACAGAUGGGUAAAGAUGUUGUGUCAUUCUUGUCUUGGGCAGCUGAACCAGAAAUGGAAGAGAGGAAAUUGAUGGGUUUCAAGUGGAUAUUCCUACUAUCGCUGGCUCUGCUCCAAGCAGCGUACUACAGGCGACUGAAAUGGUCGGUUCUCAAGUCCCGGAAGCUGGUUCUUGACGUGGUGAACUAGAGCACCGCUUACUAAAGCUUUUGCAGUGGCUCCACACAAUCGUUUUUUCAACAAUGGAUGUUUAAAAUAGGAGAAGAGCCUUUCUCUGAGGGUAAUAACGUAUCUCUCCAUUUUUCUGUGUCAUAAAAAUCUUUGAAGGUGGAAAGACCAAUCUUUCUUGUUUUACCUUUUGAGUAUCUCUAGAGAGUUUUAUGAGGAUAAUAACGAAAAAAGUUUGAUCCUCGUAAUCAAACAUGAUUUGAAGAUUAUACAUUUUGUUUUGUUUCCUCUCUCAAACUGCUACUGUUCAUCUUUCCGGUUUGUUUUCAAGAAAGACUACAUCUUUGUACUCA